CACCCCCAGACGCGUGACGCGUGAUCGCUGCCGUCCAUCCGCGACGCUACUGAAUCGCUGUUUUAACUGGCAGGUGCAACACGUCCGUCAGACUCACCGGUGCUGAAGCUGCGCGCAUCCCGAAGAUUCCAGCAUCCCGCGUCCUUUCACAGCGACAGUAUGGAUCAUGAAGCCUUUUACCGCCUGAUCAAACUUCUCUCAAUUUUGUUUUUCUCGCAUCUUAACGUGAACAUCUCGCGAUUUGAUCAUCUUGGGAAUCGGUAACCUGAAUUAUCAACUCGGUUUUUGUUAGUUAUGCUUUUCAAUUUGACUCGUGCAACUGCGCUCAAUAAACUGACGCCUUUAUUUAGUUGCACUUCAGCAUCAGCAAGAAGCGCAGAGAGAUUUCUGGAGUGAAUCAUCUUCUGAACACUCAACUGGAGCAGAACCAGUGCCAUGGGGCCCUUACUCUGGGAAGGGCGCCUGUCAUGUUUUCUUAUCCAUGCUUCUGUUCUCCUGCUACUCAGCAAGGGGGAACGGAUGUGCCCUGUGCAUUGCCGCUGCGAAGGCAAGAUUGUUUACUGCGAAUCAGGCGCCUUUCAAGACGUCCCAGAGAACAUCUCUCUAGGGUGCCAGGGUCUGUCCCUGCGGUACAACAGCCUCCUAUUGUUGCUACCUUACCAGUUUGCUCACCUCAACCAGCUGGUCUGGCUCUACCUUGACCACAAUUACAUCAACGUAGUGGAUAGACUGGCUUUCCAAGGACUUCGUAGGCUAAAGGAACUAAUCUUAAGCUCUAACAAGAUUGUGCAGUUGCAAAACGGCACCUUUGAGACUGUCCCAAACCUUCGCAACCUUGACCUGUCCUACAACCAGCUGCAGGACUUGAUGCCGGGGCAUUUUUAUGGACUACGCAAACUUCAGAAUCUUCACCUGCGAUCAAAUAACAUCAAUACCAUCCCUGUCCGUACUUUUAUGGAAUGUCGAAGCCUGGAGUUUCUAGAUCUGGGUUAUAAUCGCCUAAGGACUAUAACUCGUACGACCUUUCUGGGACUGCUCAGGCUGACAGAGCUUCACCUUGAGCACAAUCAAUUUUCUAGGAUCAACUUUUUCCUAUUUCCACGCCUCUUAAAUCUGCAGGCACUUUAUCUGCAAUGGAAUCGCAUACGGACAGUCGUCCAAGGUUCGCCUUGGACUUGGCAUACUUUACAGAAAUUGGAUCUAUCAGGCAAUGAGAUUCAAGUUUUGGAUCCUGCUAUUUUUAGGUGUUUGCCCAACUUGCAUAUGCUCAGUCUGGAGUCUAACAAGAUCAGCAACGUGUCCCAGGAAGUUGUUUCAUCAUGGAUCUCAAUUAGCACUAUCAAUCUGGCAGGAAAUAUAUGGGACUGUAGCUCUAGUAUUUGCCCCCUGGUGUCUUGGCUGAGGAAUUUCAGGGGAACUAGAGAUGCCAGCAUUAUUUGCAGCACUCCCAAAUCCCUUCAGGGGGAAAGAGUCAUGGAUGCAGUGAGGAACAACUCAGUGUGUGAGGAGAUAUACACUGUGGAACCGACCACAGAAUUAAAUCUUCUUCUGACUACUACUACUACGACAACUCUUUGGCCAACCCAAAUCACCACUACAACCCCACGCACCACAACUAGACAGCUUUCUCAAGUUACCCACAUACAAAGACUCACCCCAAAGGUUUUAUUUCCUGUUCAGUCCAACAAUGAAUUCCUACAACCCCUAACGGUAACACCUACCAGCCUACCCUUCACCCCCGAACCCGAGUUUGAGCAUAUGACCUUCCACAAGAUCAUCGCCGGCAGCGUUGCCCUAUUUCUCUCAGUGUCUUUAAUCCUGUUAGUGAUUUAUGUCUCAUGGCGACGAUACCCUAACAGCAUGAGGCAACUCCAGCAGCACUCUAUUCGACGCAAGCGCAGGAAAAAGACUCAAGAGCCUGAGCACAACAUCAACUCUCAACUGCAAGAGUACUAUCUAAGCUACAACCAUGCCAAUGCUGAGACCAUGGACUCUUUGGUUAACGGGGCAUGCACCUGCACCAUCUCGGGCUCCAGAGAGUGCGAGAAUGCAUACAUGUAUCCCAGACCACUUCCAGGGGCCUGGAUGGGAGACAUAUCUACAAUUCACUGAGGGGCCCGUGAGAAAAUGCACCACUGCCCAUUAUGAUUUGCAGCGGCUCAGAUAAAGCUUUUCCUGGAUUUUGCUUCCGCACUGAGAAUUUUCCAACACAAAAGGAGAAAGAAUUAGGCUGAAUGGGCGGCACACAUACUCAACCCUUAAUUUUGGACUCUUUUAAAAGUGGAGCAAGCGGAUACGGCAUCAAUUUGACACCCUGUCUUCAAGUCAAACCGGUUUGGUUGUCGCUUCGAUCAACAAUAAAUAACCCCCACAACGGGGCUUGUAAGGAUGCAAGGCAAAUUAAUCAGCAAAAUGUUUCUCAGCGCUGCCAUUGUUGCUGUAUGAUAGCUACUACCUGCUCUCCCCCAAGGAAUCAACGUCUACGGUCCGAAUUCCCAUCCAAUUCAUCCCUUUUGUGUUGUGUAGUGAUGUGACAAACUAUUCAUGCUGAAACAUCAGAAACGUCUCUCGUGAUCAGUGGACGGUAAUUGCUCAAUUGAGCACAACCCACAAGGAGGUUUCUGAGGACUUAAUAACAACAGAAGAUAUUUUUGACUGCUGUGAAGACAUCGUGAAGAAAAGCCCGUUUGGACUGUAACCUCACCAUGAGUAUCCAUUGGGAUUUGAUUUCAGCCCUGCCUGAACUUGGACACACCACGGGAGAGUUGAAUCGUGGCUAUCGUACAGUAUGUGUGUUGUGAAUGUGUUUUUUGUUCUCUGUUUAAAGCUGGAAUUUCCACUUUCCCUGGAUUUUUUUGGAGUCCUUUCUCUUUGUUCACAGAGAAAAGUUAGCUGACAAUUUUUGUAUGAGCAACAAAUUAUCUGAAUGUGAUGAAUCAAAGAGAGAUCGGCUUUUAAAACACUUCAUGUUUUUGAACCACUUGCAUCUGGAUAGAUUUUCUCUCAAUACCAUGAUUAUUUUGUGCUGGCAGGGCAUUAAGCAGUUCUCAGCUAUUGGGUUGUAGGUCUGUUCUGAUUAUUGUUGUAGACAAAUAAUAAAACGCAGAUAACCAUAAUCAUUCAUUGUUGAGACCAAAAUAAAUGCUUUUGUUUUUGCCAUCAAAGAUGCGUGCAAUCCAACUCCAAAUCCAGCAGUAUUUUGGCACAAAUUUGUACACUAGACAGAAUGAGAAUCCAAAAAUGGAGUGUCUGCAUGACAUAAUCCUCAAAAACCAUGAAGAAACUACUAAACUUGAGGCAAAUAUGACGCACACUAUGCUAAAUAUGGGUUCACAGGGUUUGUGUUGCUUUUUAUGGUGAAAUACUGGCUUGUUUAGGGUCUCAUACUUCAGAAAUCAAAACAGCAUUUGUCGUGUUAAUAAUUUAACAUAUUUUUGGGCCUUAGCAUUUCUUAGAAAUAUUACUACAUUUUAAUGUUUGAAUUUGAGGACAUUUUUGCUUACUUUUUGUACUACAGUAUAAACAAUUUGGGUAUCAUGUCGGGUCACCACUUAAUUUCCAGUAUAAAAGCUGGGUCCUAUUGAGAACCACUGAUUUAAUACCAUAACACAUUCAUCUCAUUAGUAUUCUUUAUAUCUGCAUUAUGAGGAUA